AUGGCGCUUAUGCAGAUGGUCGCGGACGCGUACAGCGGCGCACAAGUAGCUUGGCAAGAGGAAAACCGACUGAGAAAGGGAAAGGGAAAGGAAAAUGGAGCAGAUAAUGUACAAGACAGUGGGCCGAAUGAAGCGCAGAAGAGGGUCCUUGAUUGGCUGGUGCACGCGAAUUACCUCCCGCCGUCGUCUUUGACCCCGCCUUGUGUUGAAGAACGCGUGCCUAAGAGCACAGCUGCGAUAGCCUCGUCUCCUCACUCAGGUAGCCGCCAACCUCGGACAGUCUCUCUCCCAUCCCUGUCGCCGAAGAAGAUCUGGACUUCGCUACACGAGCGCCGACGAUCUCUACCGACCUUGGUAGUUUCUCCACCAACCCCAACAGAACCUCUGCCUGUACCUUUUCCGGAAAGGAAGAAGGAGCUUAACCGUCACUCCUGGCACUCGUACUCGCAUCCACACUCGUCCCUUCACGCUGGACUCCAGACGUCACAGUUGACGGACACGAGAACUAGCAACCAAUCGUCUGGUGAGAGCAGAGUGAAUCAGCCGCGUCCAGCUACUCGAAUCGCUGGGUAUCAGGCGAAUUUGCUGGAGCACGACCGCAGGGUAGUGUUGGCAAAGACCGGUGAUAGCCCAAAUCUAGCCCACACUAUCUCGAAGCCUGAGGCAGCAACGAGCCUCGACGUACACCAGCCUCCCACAUUCAUGUCGAUCUCAGCGCAACAAACUGCACAAACCUUCCCAGUACCGUUCCCGCGAUUGUUGCCGCCCAAAGCCCUAAUAUCGCCUCCGCCUUCGCGGUUCAAAGAGAAGCAAAGGCUUCAGGCGGUAGAGAAAGAUGAGGAGAGACCCGUAACCCUUUGGACACUCUUCGCGAUAACCUCUCUAGCUUAUGUGGUCAUCUUCGUCCUGUUGGCGGUGUUCUUCCUUUUCGGACUAUGUAACUUGCUUGGGUCCUCCUCAGGGAGGGAGGAUCAUGAUUGA